UCUGCCAGGGAGGGCAGGGCAGGUAUCUUUCUCCACUGCCUGUUGACGGACAGACACUCCCGGCCCGGCUCACACUGCAGCAUGAGGCGGCAGGAGGCGUGAGGAGACACCGACUGAUCAGAGCCCCGCAGCCCCGCAGCCCCCUGCUCACACCCGGCUGCUGCUCGGAGGAUCCGCGCUGCACUUUGACCGGAGACUUUGAGAGGAGUUUGUGAUUUGGACCGUGCACGCGCAGGAGUAAAGACCUGGCAGGAAGACACCGCCCCGGACGCAGGUGAGAGGAGCCUCCACCGGCUUCCAGGUGCAGAAAAUCAGGAUUCGCGCACGGCUUUUUUACGCACGGGUGGACUCUCGGGGGGAGUUAUGGCUCUCCGGGGGAAGCUGGGAAUCUAAGCUCCCCGAGUCCAAAGGGAACUGGACUGACUGGAAGCCGAUUUGUUAAUAUCUUCACCAUCUUCGUCGUUUGCUCAGCUCCAGGUGCCUAUAAUGUUCCAGCACAGCAAUAACAAGAAAUGCUUCACCAUAGAGUCUCUGGUCGGGAAGGAGGCGGUCAGCCACAGCGGCGGCGGCGGCGGCUCCGGGGACGAGCCCAUCCGGCCCACGGCGCUCAGGUUCCCGGAGUCCCUGCACCCUGCCGCCGGGGUCUUCGGCUCCUGCUUCCAGGGGAGCAGCGGAAGGACUUUGUACUCGGCCGGGCCGGACAUGGUGCUCCAUGAGUCCGGGACGCACACGCAGAGCCCCGGCGGGCUCCCGCUGCACCCGCUUCAGAUCCCCCCGCAGAGCUUCUUCAGCCCGCAGCACCGGGACGCGCUCAGCUUCUACCCGUGGGUGCUGCGGAGCCGGUACCUGGGACACCGCUUCCAAGGGGACGACAGCAGUCCGGAGAACCUGCUGCUUCACGGUCCGUUCUCCAGGAAACCUAAAAGGAUCCGGACGGCGUUCUCGCCCUCUCAGCUGCUGCGGCUGGAACGAGCCUUCGAGAAAAAUCACUACGUAGUCGGAGCCGAGAGGAAGCAGCUGGCCAGCGGUCUGUGUCUAACUGAGACGCAGGUGAAGGUUUGGUUUCAGAACCGCAGGACGAAGCACAAGCGUCAGAAGUUGGAGGAAGAGUCUCCAGAAGCUCAGCAGAAGAGGAAGGGCAGUCAGCACAUCAACCGCUGGAGAGCAGCCACACAGCAGCCCGGGGGGGAGGACGUGGACGUCAUCAGCGACGACUAGACUGCAGCGCGCACACAAACACAAACACACGUCAGACAUCUAAAUAACUUUAAAGGUGCGUUCAGACGCCUCUUCACAUUUUAUGUCAACAAUCAGACUCAUGUGGGCGGGUUUGGCCGAAGGCUCAGGUUCAGUUUUUCUUCCUGACAAUUAAAAUGUUGCAGCAAACAUUUUAAUAUUUUCUGUCUUCUAAGUAAAAAACGACUGGCCAACAAUUUAAUCUGGACCGCAAACAAAGCAAAUCUGAUGCCUUUUUGUAUCAUGUUACAAACUACAGUGAGAUUCCCGUUGGAAACAUUUGCUGCAAAUAAUUAGCUCAAAAUUUUAAAGUUCUUCUAAAUUAUAGAUAUCAAUAGAAAGUCCUGAACGUACAGCAACAAUCGUGUGUAACAGGCAGACAGUGAAUGCACCACAAGGCUAACUUUGUACCACUAAUAUGAGGUAAAUAUUCAGCAACAGGAGAAGUAAUAUGAGCUGUAAUUAAUCUGGAAGAUUCAAGAGGCUUCAGAGUCAUUAGAAAGGGACAUAAUGAAAUGUGUAAUUGAGGUUAUGAGAGUCCAUCUGUAGAUUUGAGCGAGCAGAACAAACUCCAACCUUUCAUGUAGCUGAUGAUCUUUAGAAGUCUUUUUAUUUGGUAUUACUAGAGAUACAAUCAGAGGCCAUAAUCUUUCUCUGGUUUGGUUAGAAAAUUACUAAUAAGUGUGUUUACACACUAUCAUUACUACUGUUAUAUACUUAAUCAAAUAUGGCACCUGUGAUCAUUUUCUGCCCCACAGCCGAGGCCUAAAUUUCAAAAUAAUAAAGUUGCUGUUGCAACGUUUCUUCACUUAUUUUGGCACGUUUAAAAACAAGCGUCGCAGCUGUGACUCAUCGUGCACGGGCCUGCGAGAGUUAAAUAAAAAUGAAGCAAAUGUAUCUGCGGUUUGUGAGCGACAGUCAUGUGGAACCGUGACACUGACACUAUUUGCAAGUAAGCAGUCGGAUUGCUUUUACAAAACAGAGCCAUUAAAACUUAAAGCUACUAAGAUUAACAGAAGGUAUGACCUCAGUGGUUUAACAGCAGCUGCAGGCCUGAGUGUCAGAUACACAGUCAGGUGGAGGUGUUUCCUCUGUAAAUAAUUUGCCAGGUUCGUCUCACUGAAGACGUCAAAAUCUGCCAAAAAAAGCAGCAGCAGGAAGCGAGAUUACAAAUCUGCCUCAAAUCUUCGUAAACAGUUUGAUUGCAGCUCAAAUAUCUUUUUGGCUCCUGUCCCGAACAGACAUGUCCAAAUGUCCCCACAAGUUGGAAAAAAAACAUUUAAAUUCUUAAUGUAAAACAUGCCACAACUUUAUAUUUUGUUCCUACACAGAUUUAUAGAUAACACACACACACACACACACACACACACACACUUGAAACACAGAUGUUGACAGCUUACCGUCCCUGAAGGCAUCACCGCUCAUGCAAACACCAGGAGGUCAAAACUCUCCUGUUACGGACAACGAUAAAGUAAAAACAAAAAAGUGACAAAAAACUCUGAUCAGCCACGAGGGAGGAGCUUCAAAAAAACGGACUUCCUGUUGGGGUUGGACUGACGGUGAGCUUCAGCGUGGUCACAGCUGUUGACUGAACACUCGAUUUUGGUGCCAAACCGAGCCAGCGUCCCGGAGGGGGGGGGAGAGACGUUUAAAGUGAGACGCCGCUCUGCUGAAGGUUCCUGAGCGUCUGUCUGCAACAGACGGCAGCCGGCUCGCCGGAAAUCUGCUCAACUGAACAACAUGUCUGAAAGAGGAAAACAAGGUUCCUACAGCAGGAAAACGUUUCCCAUAAAGUUUUACUUUACUAAA